CUCCGGCGGCGGAUGCUCGGGACCCGGGCAGCUCUCCGGCGGCGGAUGCUCGGGAACUUGGAAAUAUUGAGUUACAUUUGAAAGACAGGGCUAAGACUAAACUGGGUAUUCAGGAACUGAGUAGCACUCCAAAGUAUACUCAGGACACUAGGAGUACUUCAGUGGAUAUUCAGGACCUGGACAAGACUCAAUCACAUUCUCAAGAUCUUUCUAAGAGUAAACUGGAUACUCGGGACCCAGAGAGUGCUCUGACUUGUACUCAAGGCCUCUUUGCAGUUACUCUUUUAAAACAUGCAACAGAUAAUGAGAAAGCUUUAGAAUUGGAGGAUUCUCCUAUCAAAGAACAUGAAAUAAGUUUACCAGGAGAACAAAUUUCCAUGGAGAGGCCAGACAAAGCAAAUCACUUUAAGUAUAGUAAAGUGUGCCAUCAGAUCCAGAUGAGCCUCUGUACAAUUGUCUCCUUCGGGGAACUCAACAAUGGAAAGCCCCUGUCUCACCCUCUUCAUCCAUCACCACAAGCACCUCCUUUCAAAAUCCUGUUGGACAGAUGUCGCUCCUUACCCCUUUCGCAAAGCACUCCGAUGGGGCUGGACCAACUGGGCUGGAGGAGGCGGAUGUUGCUGAGCACUGGUGCUGAGAAUGACCUGGGUUCAAAGACUCUGGAGGUACGCAGAGAUGGCAGGAAUGGUGGAAGUAGAUGGAAGCCCCUGAAGCCUGGAGCUGAACAGCUGCUAGUCAAUAAACUGAUCAGUGGUGGUUCUAUUGUAAGUGCUGAGGCAGUAUGGGAUCACGUCACCAUGGCCAACCGGGAGUUGGCGUUUAAAGCAGGAGACGUUAUCAAGGUCCUGGAUGCUUCCAACAAGGACUGGUGGUGGGGUCAGAUUGACGAUGAAGAAGGAUGGUUUCCCGCCAGCUUCGUAAGGCUAUGGGUGAACCAAGAAGACGGAGUAGAGGAAGGAACCAGCGAAGUACAGAAUGGCCAUUUGGAUCCAAGCGCCGACUGCCUCUGUCUCAGCAGAACCCUUCAGAACCGGGACCAGAUGAGAGCCAACGUAAUCAAUGAAAUCAUGAGCACAGAGCGGCACUAUAUCAAGCACCUCAAGGACAUUUGUGAGGGUUACUUAAAGCAGUGCCGGAAGAGGAGAGACAUGUUCAGCGAUGAACAGUUAAAGGUCAUAUUCGGCAACAUCGAAGAUAUCUACAGGUUUCAGAUGGGUUUUGUCCGGGACUUGGAGAAACAGUAUAACAACGAGGACCCCCACCUCAGUGAAAUUGGACCUUGUUUCCUGGAACAUCAAGACGGGUUCUGGAUCUAUUCGGAGUACUGUAACAAUCACUUGGAUGCAUGUAUGGAGCUGUCCAAGCUGAUGAAAGAUGGCAGGUAUCAGCAUUUCUUCGAAGCAUGUCGUUUGUUGCAGCAGAUGAUUGACAUCGCCAUAGACGGUUUCCUUCUGACACCAGUGCAGAAGAUCUGCAAAUAUCCCUUGCAACUGGCAGAGCUGUUGAAGUAUACUGCACAGGAUCACAGUGACUACAGGUACGUGGCUGCUGCACUCGCAGUCAUGAGGAAUGUGACUCAGCAAAUCAAUGAGCGGAAACGGAGACUGGAGAACAUUGACAAGAUAGCUCAGUGGCAGGCCUCGGUCCUGGAUUGGGAGGGAGAUGACAUCUUGGAUCGGAGCUCCGAAUUGAUCUACACCGGGGAGAUGUCCUGGAUUUACCAGCCUUAUGGACGGAACCAGCAGCGCGUUUUCUUCCUCUUUGAUCACCAGAUGGUUCUCUGCAAAAAGGACCUGAUACGAAGAGAUAUCCUGUAUUACAAAGGUCGCAUUGACAUGGAUAAAUAUGAAGUGGUGGAUAUAGAAGAUGGGAGAGAUGAUGACUUCAACGUCAGCAUGAAGAAUGCCUUCAAACUUCAUAACAAGGAGACCGAGGAAAUUCACUUAUUCUUUGCCAAGAAGCUGGAGGAGAAACUGCGAUGGCUCAGAGCUUUCAGAGAAGAAAGAAAGAUGGUUCAAGAAGAUGAAAAGAUAGGCUUUGAAAUUUCUGAAAAUCAAAAGCGGCAAGCGGCACUGACAGUAAGGAAAGUCAGUAAGCAAAAAGGUAAAUGAUGCGCAUUACCCCUUGACCUAGCAGAGGAUGUAAGUUCAAGACUUUUGCCUCCCCACCCUCUCCAAAAGAUAAAACAAGAACCAACCUAGGUGCAUCUAACAGUUGUAAAUAGAAAAUAAUACAUAGAAAAAUAUAUUUGAAAUCUGUUUCAGUUCUUGGAUGGGCACUAGCCAUCCACUGCAACGUUAUUGAUAGUACACUGUGGUGCUUUGGGUUUCUGGUUUUGUUCUCUUUAUGCUCUGUCAUCUUUUCAUUGCAGCUACAUUUCAGGGAACAUGUAUAUUUAGUAGCUUUUGUAAGUUCUGCAUGGCAUCACCAAGCUUAUUUUUCCUUGAGAAGAUCUAAAGAGUCCAGAGGAGUUUAAAGGCACUAUGAUGAUGCGGACUUGUAGCAGAGAAUAAAAAAGAACAAUCAAGGUUUUUAAAAUACAAGUUUGAAGCCAAAUACUGAUAUUUUAGUGCUUUUGGGGUUUUAACAGUAUGGGCAAAAAAAAAUGGAUUUUGGUAACCCAGCUGAUCCACACUUGCCAGUUUUAUUAUUUUGUUUAUAUUGGACUGUUUGACCCUGUCAAACAAGUGUCUAAGUUGUGUGUAUAAAACAAAACAAAAAAAAGUGUUGAAAAAAAGUGUUGUAAAGACACUGAGCCUUAUGAAAAUAUUUAUGGAGUUAAAUAAAAAGAAAUGAAAAGGCA